UCCUCGACCGCCGCGAUGGCCUCCGAACUUUGCGCCCUUGGCAGAGGGCAGCAGCUCCGAGUGCCUGGCUGGCUGUGUGUCGCGGCCGGCGUGCCUCCAGAGGAGAUGCAGCCACCCCCGAGCACACUCGUCUGUCUGCUGCUGCUGGCGGGCGCCGCCGUCGCGGUGCCACGCGAGCGGCUCUUUCCCUUCGGGCGCCAGUACGGCGACUCGCUGCUCACGCCCGACGACGAGGGCUCCAGCCCCGAAAUCGAACUCGCCGUCCCUGUCAAGUUCUACGACGAAGAGUACAGCACCAUUUAUGUUAGCAUCAACGGAUUGGUUUCCUUCCUGACUGAGAUUCCAGCCUUCUACAACAUGCCUUUUCCUCUUGAAUACCCGGUGAUCGCGCCUCUCUACACGGACGUCGACACCAGAAGAGGCGGAUCUAUUUUUUACAGGGAGACGAACGAUUCCACCCUCCUGACGAGGGCGUCCGAGACCAUCGGCUACAGCUUCUCCAACGGCAGGGGCUUCCAGGCCACGAGCCUUUUCAUCGCGUCGUGGAUCGACGUCGGCUACUUCGAGGAAGGCUCCGAUAAGGCCAACACAUUCCAAACGGUGAUCGCCAGUGACAGUGCCACGUCCUACGUGUUCCUCCUUUACGCCGACCAGGGCGUCCAGUGGAUCCAGGGCAAGGGCAAAGGCUCCAGGGCGGACGCCAGGGCGCAGGCUGGGCUGAUGGCGCACGACGGACGCCUCACGUCCCUCAGAGGCUCUGGCACCGACCAGGUCAAGAAUCUGGACAAAUGGACGAAUGCCGAUGAACCAGGCAUGUGGAUUUUCUUCACUGGCCCUUUGAACGAGGGAGAAAACGUUCAGCAGCCAGACAUCCCAGUUUCUUUUGUACCUCAGGGAGGAGCUGCCACUUGCUCUUUUGGCGCCAGCGAGUGUCACAGCAAGGCCGAGUGCGUCAACUAUCCCGACGGCUUCUGCUGCCUCUGCCAGGAUGGCUACUACGGAAACGGCAAAAACUGCUUGCAGGAUGAUAUUCCGCUGAGGGUGAAUGGAAAAGUGUCUGGCACCUUGAACGGCAUCAGGCUGGAUCAACUUGAUUUGCAGUGCUACAUUGUGACGUCGGACACGAGGGCGUACACAGCGAUUUCCAAAGUGCCGAACGAGCUGGGCUUCGACAUGCAGAGUCUCAACGUUAUCGGCACCUCGCUCGCCUGGUUGUUUGCCAAGCCUACCAAGAGUGCCAAGAAUGGAUUCGAGCUCACAGGCGGCGUUUACAACCACACGUCGUCAAUUUACUUUAGCAGCACUGGCGACAGAGUGACUGUCGUCCAGAGAUUCCUGGGGAUGGACGUUUUUGACCAGCUGAAGACUGAAAUUUUUGUUACUGGAAGCAUGCCGAGUAUCGCCGCGAAUAACCGCAUUGAAAGCGAUGAUUUUGACGAAAUAUACACCAGAACUGGGCCAGGUGUGGUCAAGGCUCAUCAUAACAGAGAAAUAAAAAUCGGGGGCAGCGACAAUAUACUGUCUUUCACGGUCGACCAGACCAUUGAGUACCAAGAGUGCGCCGCCCAAGAGUCAGACGUCACCACGCUGAGGCUCAAGUUGGAGAGGAACUAUAUUUUGUACGAGGAAAGGGAGCAAAUCGUACGAUACGCAACAAAUAGUAAAAUAGGUCCCCUCGGAGACGAUGAUCCGUGCAGGGAAAACAAGUUGAACUGUGGAGAGCACAGCACCUGCUUGGUCGAGAAUGAUGAAGCCAAAUGCGUUUGUGAGAAAGGGUACCAAUUUUUGUACGACGAUGGGACAAACGCGCCGCACUGCGUGGACGUGAACGAGUGCAUCACCGGCCAACACCGCUGCAGUCAGGAGGCAAUUUGUCUCAACGAACCUGGCACCUACCGCUGCCAGUGCAAAUCUGGAUUCAGGGGAGAUGGUCACAUUUGCGAAAGACUGCCGACUUGCAGAGAGGCGCAGUGCCACCCUGACGCAGAGUGCCUAGAGAAGCCGUCGGGCGUGCCCGAGUGCCGUUGCAGACACGGGUUCAGGGGCAACGGUCUGCAGUGCGAGCCCGAGUACACAGGCGAGUCGUGCAACGUGGCGCACAACUGCUCGCCGUACGGCGUGUGCAAGUUCCUGGCGCAAAGCAACACGUUCAAGUGCUUCUGCGCGCCUGGCUACCAGGGCGACGGCUACAGCUGCGAGGCCGCCACGGCCUACAGGUACCUCGACCCUUCGGCGCCGAGCCCUGAGUGCAGCCAGGACGAGUGCCACUGCUCCGGCGGCUACGUCUACGCCAGGGAGCUGCACCGCUGCCUCGUCGAGACCACGCACUCCACCCACCAGGAGGAACAGGAAAAUAUCGAGGAAGAGAGCGAGCAGGAACUCCUAAGUAGACCGCUAGUCGAGUGUUUUCAAGGUCAUUGCUUCUGCCCUCCGCGCUACGAAUUAAGGGACAAAAAGUGCAGGCCGAUCCCUGGAGCGUUGGAUCCAGGUGUCAAACCUUCAGGCAGCACCCUUCAAAAGUCUUGCGACAAGAACAACUACAUUUGUCACGCACAGGCUCGGUGCGUGUACAACCGCGCCACCAGAAAGCACGAGUGCCAGUGCAACGCAGGUUUCGAAGGCGAUGGAGUUGAGUGCUCCGAAAUCGAGUAUUCGUGCAAUGAGCUGGACAUUUGCCACGCGAACGCCACGUGCCAGUACAACGACAGAAUUGGCAAGUACUUGUGCUCGUGCAACAAAGGAUUCGAAGGCGAUGGAUCAUUCUGCGUCUCUAAAGGUGAAUGCGAGGGGCACUCUGACUGCGGACAAAACGCCCAGUGCAUUUUCGACACAAACACCAGGAUGUACAAAUGCAUGUGCAACGUGGGUUUCAGGGGCGACGGCCGCUUUUGUGAAGACGACAAAGAGGCGACCUGCCGGCAAUGCCACGAGAAUGCUGAGUGUAACUUCCUGCGCGACCUGAACCAAUACAGGUGCGAGUGCUUGCCAGGCUACCAGGGCGAUGGCAGGCACAGGUGCGAGAAGGUCAAGACUGGCUGCGACGUGCUCUACGAUUGCGGCAGAAAUGCCGAGUGUCAGUAUAACCCAUACGAGAGCAACCACAAGUGCGUGUGCAAAAAUGGAUUCUCCGGUGAUGGUUACUGGUGCGUGCCACAAAUCACUUGCGACCAGGACCAGACGAUUUGCAACGACGACGCCAAGUGCGUGGCGGAUACGUUGACGCGACAGUACGUGUGUCGAUGCAACGACGGCUUCACUGGUGACGGCUUCUCCUGCAAGCCGAGCAAAACGCACGAGGGCAACUUCUUGCUUGUCAACCAGGGCAUGGCCACCUUGCGCAUCCCCUUCAAACCCACGCACAACAACAAGGGCAGGAUCAUCCAGAUACAUUAUUUCCAAACUGCAGUCGGUAUCGAUAUUGACUGCCACGAGGGCAGAGUGUUCUGGAGCGACAUCAAUGGCAAGGCGAUUCGCAGUGCCGACUACAACGGCGUCAACAGCAGCCGCUUCCUGGGCGCCGAAAUCGAGUCUCCUGAGGGCAUCGCCGUCGACUACGUGUCAAGGAACAUUUUCUGGACUGACUCGGCGCUGAACCACAUCGCGGUCGCCAGCCUCGACGACACGGACAAGCGCAAGAUCCUGAUCAACGAGGGCCUGAUCAAUCCGAGGGGCAUCGCUGUCUACCCGUCCUUUGGCAAGCUCUUCUGGAGUGACUGGAACAGGAUGAGCCCCAAAAUCGAGAUGGCGAACAUGGACGGUACCGACAGGUCUGUUUUCGUGAGGGACAACAUCCGGCUGCCGAACUCGCUGAUCGUGGACGCGGAGCGGGACGAAUUGUGCUGGGCGGACGCGGGCACCAAGAACAUCGAGUGCAUGGGCGUGCGGAACGGGUACCGGCGGACGAUCGUGUCCGAGUGCGAGUACCCGUUCAGCGUGGCCAUGUCGAGCAGCCACUACUACUGGACCGACUGGGAGACCAAGAAGGUGGAGGCGGCGCUGCGGCCCAGCGGCCAGCGGGUGGCGGCGCUCGACGUGCCGCUCGGCAGCAGCGGCCACCUGUUCGGCGCCGUCGUCGUGCCCGACACGUGUCCCGUCUACUACACGACGUGCCAGUCGCCGGACGCGUGUCCCGAGAACUACAUCUGCCUGCCCAACGGCCGCAACGGACGCAGCUGCAUCUGCCCGGAGCAGUCUGACGGCAGUGAGGACGGCGACGACGCCCCGAGAGAGUGCAACGACCUUAUCUGAGCGCCUUUUCACCUUCUCGAGGAUCGCGGAUGCUUUAUAAAUAGUAACUUAAGGAUUUUAACUAGAAUUUUAUAGCCUCUAGUUUUUCUUCCGUUUGUAAAUCUGGCAGUUCCUUCGGUAGGUCUCGCAUUUUUUUCACAACCGCAUUUUCUACUCCAUUUAGUUAUUUUAUUGCCUAUUUUUAUGUGCUAUAUUUUUAAAUAAAAAAAGCCUACUGUCACAAUUUUAGCUCUUAAAAUCUUCCUUUUUACAAUAAAAUUUUCAACAAAUUUUGAAUCUGAUCUUUUAAGUUACAGCAAUCCUCCAAUGAUGUCGGAUAUAUUAUGUGAAUGAAUCCCUGAUGAAUUUAAAUAAACUAAUACCGUUUAAA